CCGUCGUCAGUUCAGUGCGAGCGCAGCUGUGCUUGUUGCCGGAGUGACGCUGCGAUGUCGUGAGUGUUGGCGCCGCGCGCGAAAUGAACCUGUACAAGCGGGGAAUGAUCUUCGCCACCUUUCUGGGCUGCUGCCUGGCCCUGGGCCUGCUGGUGGGCGCCCUCGGCACGCCCUACUGGGUCGUCUCCAGGGCCGAGCGCAUCCCCAACACGGAGAAGUCGAACGGCAGCGUCAACUUCGGCAUCUUCACCGGCAGGAAGAGCCUCAAUGUCGGCUACGGGACCCGCACCAGCGAGUUCCAAGUGGACGAGCUGGUUCAGCUGGACGCUGACGCGUUUGCCCUGGACCGGGUAUACUGGUGGGGCACCGUGGCCGGACUGACCGCCGGCCUUCUGCUGGCCACCCUGUCUGCCAUAUUGGCUGCCCUCAACACGGCGGUCACCCCGGCCGCCGCCCUCCCCGGCGUUCCUGGCAUUUACCUCUGCAACUCGCUCGCCAUCGCUGCGAACAUUGCAACCCUUGCAUUCUGGGGCGUCGCCUUCUACAAAUCCUUCCAGUAUAACGUGCUCACCAGGGACGACCUGGACAACCACUGGACCACCGACGGCAAGGCCAUGUUUGGCUUUUCCUAUUGGUUGGUGCUUGGUGCCGCGAUUGUCCACUUGGUCAACAUUGUGGUGCUGGCAGUAGGCACCAGGGAGCGAGAAUCGCGGUCGACCGUAACGCCGAUUGCAGAGGAAAAAACAAAUGGAGCCAUUAUGUUGUACUAACUAAGAUAACAUCUUUUAUAGCUAUAUCAAAAUUAGCUUAAACGCAGCCAACUCAAGCAGCUUUUAAUGAAUGAAAGAGUUAGAAGAUACUCGUAGAAAAGUUUCAGAGGAAUGCCUGAGAUUUAUAAAUGAUAAUUUCGUUCGAUCCUAUUUAUAACUAACUCUAAAUACUUAAUACGAGCUGAUAUUUUUAAGGAAUUGCAAAGACUUAUCUACUUUAUUGUAAACUUAAAAACUCGUCUACUUAAUUUUUAGAUUUUACUCUUCGAUUUUGUCGGUAGCCAUGCAUGAAGAAUAAAGAGCUUAUUUUUAGCAUUUCUAUAAA